GACAGGUCUUUUAUCAAAAGCUCAGUGAUCCUCGAUCUUAUUAGCGUUCAAAAAUGUGUUUUGGAGAUGAGACUACACCAGCGCUGUCAUAGCAUGUAACAGAUCUGAUAUCUACGGUUGUGAUCUUAACGUCGUAAAAGAUUAAGUAGCUUACAUUUCAUUUGAAAAGUGAUACGAACAAACUUGCACGUUCUUCCUUCAGAAUUUGUGCUUGCUUCCAGAAAUAGUUACUCCGAAUUCUGACGCUGUAGCCUAUACCUCGGGGACUCUAUUCGUCGGGAAAUUCUUCAAUCAACGGCGUUCAGACCAAAGGAUCGGCAUCAAGUUAUGGAUUGCUCGGGGACUAUUAAGAAAAGGUUUUCGUUGCUCGGAUUUUAGAGACUGAGACGUUUUCAUCGUACAUCGUUCUAAUUGACCUGUGGCUAAUUAAUACCCAGUAACAUUUAAACAGAUUAUAAUAGGACUGGACAAAAAUAACGUUGGAGAUCAUGUACCAACAUAGUAAGAAAUGCUUCACCAUCGAGUCAUUGGUUGGCAAAGACGCUAAUUCCUCGACUGCAGGGGACGAACCUGUCAGACCCACAGCCUUACGAUUCACGGAAUCAAUUCAUCCUUCUCCCUUUUCGACUUGCUUUCAGAACUCCGGCAGGACCUUGUAUACUAGCCCGGAUAUGAUGUUCCCAGACCCGGGUACACACUCAACCAAUUCAACUUUGUCUCUGCAUCCUCUCCAGUUGCCCUCUCAGCAUUUUUUUAAUCCACACCAGAGAGAGACUUUGAACUUCUACCCGUGGGUUCUUCGAAACCGAUAUCUUCACAGGUUCCAAGGUGAAGACAGCAGCCCGGAGAACCUGCUCCUGCACGGGCCCUUCUCCCGCAAGCCCAAGCGCAUCCGCACCGCCUUCUCCCCAUCCCAGCUGCUGCGGCUGGAGCGCGCCUUCGAGAAGAACCACUACGUGGUGGGCGCCGAGAGGAAGCAGCUGGCCAACGGGCUGUGCCUGACGGAGACCCAGGUGAAAGUCUGGUUCCAGAACAGAAGGACCAAGCACAAGAGGCAGAAGCUGGAGGAGGAGUCACCUGAGUCCCAACAGAAGAGGAAAGGUAGCCAGCAUGUUAGCCGCUGGCGUGUAGCCACUCAGCAAGGUAGCCCCGAGGACAUUGAUGUCAUAUCGGAGGACUGAUGACGCCUAAACAUGACGACAAUCAUAACUCCUGUCUGCCAAUGUUUGGUGGAAUUUAAAAUGAGCAUUUAAAUGUACAUGUGUAUUCAGACUGCAGUGUAUGAUUCACCUUCACCACGCCAGACAAAGGCACUCAACGCAAACAAUGCUGGCAGACAGUUGAAAACCACACUCUGUGGCUUGAUUGACACUUAAACGAGAGAGUGAGAGAGCGAGAGAGAGAGAGAGAGAGUGAGAGAGAGAGAGAGAGAGUGAGAGAGAGAGAGUGAGAGAGAGAGAGUGAGAGAGAGAGAGGCUCCAAAUAAUAUGUGGUCGGGCAGCUCAGAAAAAUGCAGGUUACUCAAUAUUCUGCUGGCAAGGCUGAAUUCGUAGUGCUGUUCUCUGUAGCAGCACAGGUGCAACUGUUCUGGAGAAGAAGCCAAGAGCUUUGCUGUGACUUUCAUCCUCCAUUGAGUUGAACUCAUCAUGCUGCCAACAUGAACUUUGAGGUUAUUUUACCUCACUAUUCUUUACACUGUCCUUGAAUUAAUGUGGUCAUUUUUGUUAAUUCUAUGUUUAAUGACGUUUUCUGUGUAACUGAUAAUUCAUGUUAAACAAGCACAAUUGUGGUCAGAUGUAAGCCAUUGGUAGAAGAUGAAAGAAUUAGGGGAUGUUGGGGUAGGACAUCUGUCUUUAUCAUGGUAGUCUAUGCAAUAUACAGUGAAUUCAAUCAAAAUGUAAACAUAUGACAGAGGUAAAUGAAAAUCCGAAAAGGCAUAACAUGUUGUAUAGAUAAAAAUGUGCUUUGAGACUAUUAAAACAUUUUCCUCUGUGGCCAUUUCAUGAAGUCAUAAAGUAUGCUGUUUUGCAAUUUCUAAUGACAUGACAUGAAAAGUCAUUUUAUAUGCAUUUGAUUUAUGAAAAAGAACAAAGACUAAAAAAUAAGUUUUUGUAUGUUAUUUUUUUGUUUUGUUUUUUUGUUUUUUGCUUGAAGUGUAAAUGAGUUGUCAGGGUGUGAGGUUAAUGGUAUUGUAACUUAAGUUCGUUUUGAAAAUUGCAUUAGUGUAUUUAAUAACAUUUUUAAACAAACCACACGUUGUCGCAGGAAAGUACCCCAUGACGUUGUUCUGAUACUAAUACACUCAGAAACAAUAAUCAGAUGCCUAGAGCCGUUAUUUUGUAUAGCACUUCGCUUGGACAUCAUAGGCUACAUUUUUAGCAUUAUUUUUAUAGUUUGGGCUAUAGAAUUUCUCAUAGAAUUUAUGCUCACACUACGUUAAAUGACUAAUUCCUUGAAUAACGUUCAACCAAUAAUUGACGUUUAAAUAUGUUUCAAUGUACAAGUCUUCAUCAGCAAUACUUCUUUUCUUUUUUCUUUUUAAAUACUUGUCAUGAAAUAUACAUUUCAAACGACGUUAAUAAUGUCUGAGAAAAACUGUACAACCAAUAGAAUUGUGUUCCCAAUGUGCCUAAAAGCAUACUUUCCGAAAGUAAACCCCUGUUAAACUCUGCAAAUACAAUCUGUAAGACAUAAAAAGCACAAAUUAUGUACAUA